AUGCGAAGCCGGGCUGUCCUCGUGGGCGCGGCCUUGCAGGGCCAGCAUGGAGGGAAUCUCCCCGCCAUGUGCCCUGCCCAGGCGGCUUCACGGGGGGAGCGAUCGUGGGCUCUGCUUUUGUCUGUUUUGGAAGGGGCUGCUGAGCUGGGCCUGCAGCAGAUCGUGGGCUCGGCUUUCGUCUUGUUUUGGAAGGAGCUGCUGAGCUGGGCCUGCGGCAGUGUCCUGGUGCUGGAUGGCCGAGGCCACCUCCUGGGCCGCCUGGCGGCCAUUGUGGCCAAGCAGGUGCUGCUGGGCCGAAAGGUGGUGGUCGUGCGCUGUGAGGGUAUCAACAUCUCUGGCAACUUCUACAGGAAUAAAUUGAAGUACCUGGCCUUCCUCCGUAAGCGCAUGAACACUAACCCAUCCCGUGGGCCCUACCACUUCCGGGCCCCCAGCCGCAUCUUCUGGCGGACAGUGCGAGGCAUGCUGCCACACAAGACCAAGCGUGGCCAGGCUGCCCUGGACCGCCUCAAAGUGUUCGACGGGAUCCCGCCGCCCUAUGACAAGAGAAAGCGGAUGGUGGUCCCUGCUGCCCUCAAGGUCGUGCGGCUCAAGCCCACUCGUAAGUUUGCCUACCUGGGCCGCCUAGCUCACGAGGUGGGCUGGAAGUACCAGGCAGUGACGGCCACCCUGGAGGAGAAGAGGAAAGAGAAGGCCAAGAUGCAUUACCGGAAGAAGAAGCAGAUCAUGAGACUACGAAAACAGGCAGAGAAAAUCCUGGAGAAGAGGAUCAGCAAGUACACAGAGGUCCUCAAGAGCAAUGGUCUCCUGGUCUGAGCCCAAUAAAGACUCUUAAUUCCUCA